CACGAGGCUCUUCGGAGCCCAGUCAAGAAAGUAGAGAGGAGGGAGCGGAGACUGCUGCCAGUAGUGCGACGUGGAGGCGCUAGACGUUAGUAGACAAGAAGCCUCGAAAGAAUCAAGCCCCAGUCCGUGGAUUUCUCGUCCAUUUUGACCCUAGAAACCCGCAGGAACCCCGCCAAACGCCAUGGAAGACGCCAAACACUUGCAUCGCCGCCUUCUCAAGUUUACGCGUGGCGACGUGGCAGACCAGGGCGAGGCGCUCGAGGUGUUGCGGGGGCUGGAGAGGACCACGGUCACGUACGCCAUCCUCAAGGAGACCAAGAUGGGUCACACGGUCGGCAAGCUGCGUAAGCAUGAGAACGAGAAGAUCGCAAGCCUUGCGCGGCUACUGGUCAAGUCUUGGAAGAGCAUGGCGCUGUCUCCUCGCCCCUCUACAUCGGAGCCGGAGCGCAAGGCAUCGAGCAACAGCAACAUCAACAUCAGCAAGACGGAGACGUCAUCCAAGGCCACCGCGGGCUCGAACGGCCUCAAGACGGCGCCUAAACCCGCAGCGGCACGGACGAGCUCCACACCAUUCAUUCCGGCUGGUUUGGACAAAGUACGCGCUACUGUGCGCACCAAACUCAAAGAGAUCCUGGAAGCCUCCGAGGGUGGAAGCCCGGGCGAGAUUGCCGCUGCUAUCGAAGUGGCAAUGGCCAGAACCUACCACAUGGGAGCUCCUGGGGAGCAGAAGAAGGACUACAUGGCCAAGUACCGUCAGUUGUCGUUCAAUGUGAAGAAGAAUGGAGAUCUUCGUCAGAACUUGCUGGACGACAGUGUCAGUGGAGAUCAAUUGAUCAAGAUGUCGGCUGAGGAGUUGGCGACAGAAGAGAAGCGAGCGCAGAUUGAGAAGCUGCGUGACGACGCGUUCCAGGAGGCGCGCUUGGACUGGGCAGAGGCCAACCACGAAAAGAUCCAGAAACAGACCGGUACGGAGGGUACCAAGGGUUUGUUCACGUGCGGACGCUGCAAGUCGUCCAAGACCAGUAACACACAGAAGCAGACGCGCAGUGCCGAUGAGCCCAUGACUGUGUUCGUCAUGUGUCAUAACUGCGGCAACCGAUGGAAAUGCUAGUGUAGCCAAUGUCGGUCGUGCCGUGCUCCCUCGCUCCUACUUUGCCUUCGAUAUGUUGCUUCUUUUUGCAUGUUUUGAGCCGUGUUGCUCUGCCCUUUAAAACUUCUCUGCAUCACAAACCGUAUGAGAAUGUCACGGCAACGGGAGGGGAGGAUGCAGAUACAAUGGUAUGCACUCACACAUGUUAUAGUACUGCACUACCGCUGCAUGUGUGUCGUGCUGGAAAAUACCGGUAUGUCUAGCAUUCUCACUUGGUUAGCGCAAGGUCUACCCGCCUCAGCGUCGCCUACGAAAUCCAUUGCUGGUUCGAGUUACGUGUAGUAGAUUCCAAUACUAGUAGUAUGAUCUCUACUCCUUUGAAUUUCGCCUUUUUUUUCUUUAUUGAUUUCGUG